ACUAUUUCCGCAGACAAGAUGGCGGCCGCUAUGGAUGUGGAUACUCCAAGUGGCGCUAAUAGCGGAGCUAGCAAGAAACGUUUUGAAGUGAAGAAGUGGAAUGCUGUGGCGCUCUGGGCUUGGGACAUUGUGGUUGACAACUGUGCAAUUUGUCGGAAUCAUAUUAUGGAUCUCUGUAUAGAGUGCCAGGCCAACCAAGCAUCUGCUACAUCUGAGGAGUGCACAGUUGCCUGGGGUGUCUGCAAUCAUGCUUUCCAUUUCCACUGCAUCUCUCGUUGGCUGAAGACGCGUCAGGUGUGUCCUCUGGAUAACAGGGAGUGGGAAUUUCAAAAGUAUGGACACUAAGCAUGGUCCUUGAAUGUUGCAAAUUAUACAGCAUUAAGCUGGUAAAUGGAAAAUAACAUUGUUUUGACCUGGGACCACAGCCCAAGGCCAUUUUGUUCGUCUUUGUUACUUUU